AUGGGUCAUACUCGGGAAGCUGGCUGUGUGGCAGCUGGUGUGGUGAUCGGGGCAGGUGCUUGCUACUGUGUAUAUAGACUGACUUGGGGAAGAGAUGACAGCGAGAAAAUCUGGGACUAUAGCAAUGACAAUGAAGAUGAGGUAUCUAGUGACAUUACAGGGAUUGGUGUGGAGACUGGGAAAGGAGGUAAUACUUGGGUGGGGGCCAGAGCUAGACUUCAGGGUGACUCAAAGGCCAAGGCCAAGGCUGAGGUGGUUGUAGAACUCAAAAGUUGUCCAUAUGCAAAGGUAGAAGCUCACUCAGAAGCCCAGACAGGAGGUGGCUUAGAAGCCAAGGCCAAGGCCCUUUUCAAUACCCUGAAGGAACAGGCAAGUUCAAAGGCUGUCAAAGGGGCCAGGUUGGGUACCACCUCUGGGACCAGGACACUUGCACUGAGUUUACCCUGCCCAGGAGGCAGAUGUGGAGGCUGCCACCCCAUCAGGAGUAGGGCUAGGGCUGGGAUCAGGGCAAGUGGAAAGUGCAAGAAAAGGGCCUGAGCUAAGAGCACCAAGACUCCAGCUACAGCAUGGCCUGUUCUCAGGGGCAAGUUCAACUUUCCUUAUAAAAUUGAUUACAUUCUAGGUGCGUCAGACCUUCAAAAGGUCCUUAACAUCCUGGAAAGAACAAAUGAUCCUUUUAUUCAAGAAGUAGCCUUGGUCACUCUCGGUAACAAUGCAGCAUAUUCAUUUAACCAAAAUGCCAUUUGUGAAUUGGGUGGUCUUCCAAUUAUUGCAAAACUGAUAAAAACAAAAGAUCCCAUUAUUAAGGAAAAGGCUUAUAAUGCCCUUAAUAACCUGAAUGUGAAUGCUGAAAAUCAGGGGAAUAUUAAGAUGUAUAUCAGUCAAGUGUGUGAUGACACCAUGAUUUGUCGCUUGGACUCAGCUGUGCAGAUGGCUGGACUAAGACUGUUAACCAACAUGACUGUGACUAAUCAUUACCAACAUUUGCUUUCCUAUUCUUUUCCAGACUUCUUUGCUUUGUUAUUCCUGGGAAAUUACUUCACCAAGAUUCAGAUUAUGAAACUUAUUAUAAACUUUACUAAAAAUCCAGCCAUGACAAGAGAGCUGGUCAGUUGUAAAGUACCCUCAGAACUGAUUUCCCUCUUUAGUAAAGAAUGGGACAGAGAGAUUCUUCUUAAUAUCCUAAUCCUAUUUGAGAAUAUAAAUGACAACAUAAAAAAUGAAGGGCUUGCAUCAUCCAGGAAAGAGUUCAGCAGAAGUUCUUUUUUCUUAUUCCAAGAAUCUGGGGUGUAUGUUAAGAAAAUCAAAGCAUUAGCAAAUUACAAUGAUCUGGUAGUGAAAGUAAAAGUUCUAAAAGUAUUAACCAAACUUUGA